GACCGCCUCGCUGUCCGUCUCGCCGGCGCCGGGGGCUGAUCGCGGCUGAUCGGCAGAGCUCUCAGAACUCGGGAUGGAGCUGGGGAGGCUGGAGUAUCUGCAGGCCCUCGUCACUGAGUUCCAGGUGACAGACAGCCCAGAGGCCAAGCAGCAGGUGCUGGCCAACCUGGCCAACUUCGCCUACGACCCCAGGAACUACGAGUAUCUGCGGCAGCUCCAGGUGCCAGACCUGUUCCUCGACAUGCUGACGGAAGACAACGAGACCCUCGUGGAAUUUGCUAUGGGUGGUCUUUGCAACCUGUGUCUGGAUAAAACUAACAAAGACUAUAUCCUGGAGGCCAGUGGAGUAGAGCCCAUAAUUAAUUGCCUCUCCAGCUCCAAUGAAGAGACAGUCAUGUCAGCAGUCACAACCCUGAUGUAUCUGACAACACCACAGUCGUGCCAGCAGACCACGCCUCUCCCAGUGGUGGAGUGCAUGCUUCGCUUCUCUCUCUCCGCCAGCAGAAGGCUAAGCAAUCUGGCAACAGUCUUCCUGGAGGAUUACUGCACACCUCUGCAGGUGGAAGAGGCCAAGAACCUAAGCAAACACACAGCAGUAGGGAUUCCUCUCCCUAAGGACUGAAGCCGUCAGAGCAGCUUGGAGCUAUUGAGAGAGCGGCACCCCCAUUUUCUCAGGUCUCCAACUAAUGCUCAGUAGGUCAAGAGCGUGAGGAGAACAACAAAGAAGGAAAUCAGACUAGCAUUGAAUUUUAGUUACUAUUGAAGAGGACAGUACAGCACUGUAGCAGGCCAAGAAUGCAGCUGAAACUGGAAGCAAAUAUUUUAAAUAAAAAAAGUGAUGGCUGUUGGUCAGCAGGUUGCUGAGUGCAGCUCAGCAACAGCUUGCAAGUCUAACUCUUUCUAGCAGUUACUUUUUCUGCUUGGAUCAUUGCUCAGCUUUAUCACUUCUAGUUCCUGGCUGAUUUUGCCACAACUUUCCACUGUCAACUCAAAUGACUUUGAAAUGACCGAAACUUCAUCCUUCCUGCAGAAGAAAGGUGUUUCCCUGCUCUGGUAAUCUGCAAUCCUACUACAUAUCUUUGGUACUAAAUAUACUGUUUUAUCAUCAUGCCACAGAAUAGGUGAUAGCCAUCCUGUAAGUUAGGAAGGAGAAAGCUGUAUUUCCCUCAUUACCACAGCUGAGAAAGGUGCAGGUCGAAAAAGGGUUUACGGCAUUCAGGUUCACAAGAAAAGCCUUCUCUUAGUAAAACAUUAACUUAACUGUUGUGUAAACAGUUUUGUGUAAGCUCAUAAAUAUUUCUCUACACUUGCAGCCCAGCCUCUGCCUGCUCUUACUAAUGCAUGUGAGUUGGAAGUUGAAGGCACCUUGCUCUCUUUUCAUUAUCAGCCAAUCAUGCCAAAGGUAACUCAAAAGCCAGAGUGGCUAACUGCCUAAAAACAUAAAAUGGUUUGGCCCUUUACCACAGUGCUUCCUGAAAGACAGCACUGUGUGCCUGUGAGUUUCAGAGUUUUGCUUUCUCCCCCUUCACGUCAGCUGAAACACAACAGAGUGAGCUUAAAAACACAAAAGCCAACUGGGGCUCCGCCGUGAGCAAGCAGCUCCUCUGUGCACACUGGGCACCUUUUUAGCAGACAGUCUGGCGUGCCCAAACUCAGUAAGUGAAGGAGAUGUAACCAUGUCUGCGCUCGUGGGGCUUGCAAAGGAAAUACAACUUCACUACUUACUUUCCCCCUCCUAGGCCAGGAAAUGGGUAGACAUGGUUUACAUGCACCCAGACCACGUUCCCUACCUGCUGUGUGAAGAAAGGCCAUUAGAGCAAAUCCAGUUUCAUAGUCAGCACCUGAGGGAGGGGCUUCUCCAUGCCUCACUGGGAAGUCAGGGCGUUUUCAGAGCUCUUCAGGAUUGGGAAGGCAGGCUGGCAGGCUGGCAGACACGCAGCAGCUGCGCUGCACGCACCUGAGCUCCCGGCCGGCCCUGCCUUCCCACCAGCUGUUCGGUCACCUCUGUCAGUUCAGGCCCUGACUUAGCAGUUCUGCCACGGAGUCCAAUUUGGUUUUGAGAGGAGAAACUUUCAUUUCCCCUAUUCUGGUAAAACAGAUGACAUGUAUCAAGCCACACUGCAUGCUUCUUGAGAAGAGAAAAUUGAUGUUUGACACUCUUCAUGUGGAGACAGCAUGUGAUGGUACCCCCAAUCAGGUGUGUGCACUCUCCUCUUCUGCUCCAUCCCAGCCCUCUUCAGAUUAAGGCAGGACAACUGAGAACAAUGCAGAACCAAACCCACAAAAUAAAAUCCACGCAGGAAACAUUGCUUCAAAAUCUCUAUAUUAUUUACCUUAAGCAACAGUCCAGCUUCGUGAAAUUACAACACACACUUUAAAGAAUGAGAUUUUCACCUCAUGGUCAAGCACCAGCAUGAUCAUGCACAGCAUUGAGUCAGUUGUAUAAAAA